AUGGAGAUGGAUGCAGGUUCUGUAGAUGAGCUGCCAUAUAAUGGGUCCAUGAAGGAAUUGACGAUCGGUGAAAACAAGAUCGUUAUUAGCAAGAUCAAAAAUGAAUACUUUUCAAUGGCAGGACUUUGUUCUCACUACAACGCUCCACUGGUUAAAGGUGUUCUUAGCAAAAGCGGAACACUAGUUUGUCCCUUCCAUGGAGCUUGUUUCGAUGUAACUACUGGUGCCAUUGAAGAUGGUCCCGCAUGUGAUUCUCUCCCAACAUAUCCCGUCCGCGUCGAAAAUGGUCGCUUAAUGGUCAAGGUCACCGAAGCUCAACUCACCGUGAAGAAAUUGUCGCCAAUUCCCAAAGUCGUCAAACAUUGUGGAGCUCAAAAAACCGUAGUAAUCGUUGGAGGUGGUGAAGGGGGUGCAGUUUGUGCAGAGUCUUUAAGACGUUAUGGAUUCAAUGGGAAGGUCAUCGUGUUGUCCAAGGAGCCCUAUCUACCAAUCGAUCGACCGAAGUUGAGUAAAGGACUUGGAGUAGAUGCCGCUAAAAUCGCUUUACGAGAUGAUGCCUUUUAUAAAUCAAACAAGAUUGACAUUCGGUUAGGUCAAGAGGUGAAAUCGAUGGAUUUGGGAGCCAAACAAGUCAUUUUGAGCACUUCUGAAACGAUUUCCUACGAUUAUGUUGUCGUAGCUACCGGCAGCGUUCCAAAGAAAAUUCCAAUACCUGGCGCAGAUGCCAAGAACGUGUUUACUCUCCGGUCUGUGUCGGAUGCUCAAAGUAUUGAAGCAGCUCUAUCUGGAAGUCAAGCAAGCAAAAAAAAGGUCGUACUUGUUGGUGCCGGUUUUGUUGGUCUCGAACUAGCGUCAGUGCUUGGAAAGACCGCGGACGUGACUGUCGUGGCUCCAGAAAAGGUGUUGUUCGAACCAGUCCUUGGCAAGGAAAUGGGCCGGUUCUUGCUGAGAUUACAUGAGUCUCAAGGCAUCAAAUUCAAACUGGGCAAUGGUGUGAAAUCAUUCAACGUGACUGAUUCACUGGUGACAUCCAUAACUACAAACAGUGGUGAAUCAGUACCAGCAGACCUAGUGAUUAUCGGUAUCGGUGCAGGUCCAGUGACUACUAUGGUCCCACCAGAGCUGCUAUUGCCGAAUAAAUCCAUCUCAGUAACAGCGGAACUACAAUCCCUAUUCGACUCUAGUGUAUACGCUAUUGGUGACAUCGCAACCUUCCCUUAUCAUGCUUCUGCGUCAGUAGAGUCACCAUGGAUGAUGCGAAUCGAGCACGUAUCUGUAGCUCAAAAUCACGGUCGUCUCGCAGCAAAGAAUAUAGUAGCUGAGAUAUCGGGCCAACCACUAGAGAGAUUCGUGACAACCCCAUACUUUUGGACUGCACAAGGUGGUAAAUCCAUACGAUAUGCAGGUGUUGUCCCUCCAGAUUAUGGAUUUGAUGAAGUUGUUGUACAGGGAGAUGUAGAUGGUGAUCUGGACAAGAUAUCUUUUGCAGUGUUUUAUGGACGAUUGAAUAAGGUGGUUGCUGUUGGUAGUGUUGGACGUGACCCUGUAGUCUCAAAGUGUGCUUCGCUGUGGAAGGCCAAUGUGCCUAUUCCAUCAAUUGAAGAGCUGCAAAAAGGUGCUGAUGUCUUGAGUGUUGAAGAGCCGAAUUUCAAUCAUUUAUAA